AUGGAGGCCCAACACCCUAUCAACCCUCCGUACGCUGCGCCGCCGCCUUUCUCUCCCCCAGCGUCGCAUCGCUCUUCGGCCGACCUGCCCAAAGCCAAUGUGAUGGACCUGGACUCCACGCUCUCGGAGCAUGAGCGCUCAACUAGGGCCGCCAGCGUUUUGUCGGGUAUGUCAGUGGAAGAUAUGGAAGCAGCAGAGACCUUGAACAGUCUACAACAGAGCAUAUUCAACACUACCGCCAUACCACACCUUAAAGCCGACCGGUCAGAGUAUUCCUCGCCGUCUCACCAAGGCCCUCCUCUUCAUGUACAUACCACCACAUCCUUCCACCAAUCCCAACCCGAACCGCUUUUGAGGCUAUUCACCAGCCAAUACCCUCUCGCUGCUAGUCUCCUCAACGGGAGCUUGACGGCCUACAAAACCACCCAAUCCUUCAUCCCUGGUGCCGAAUGGACCGAGCGAAACGUUGGCCUUCCAAUUGCUGGAACUGUCGCGAGAAUCUCAGGUGUCGAAGGAGGCUUGCGAUGGGUCCUCCAGCCCAGAAGAGAUGGGAAAUCCUCCAGCGAUCCCCGCUCUCCAGACGUUGAGAAGGGCUUCGAUUCUCAUCAACAGGCUUCGGAGACUCUCCCAGCCUACAGUGCUGGUGACCGCUCACCACCCUACACCGAGAACGAAGUGGUUAUGCUCCAGCAAACGCCUCAACAUCAGCAGCCUCCGCCGGGUUGGCGCCAGCAGCUCCUGGUCUCUACCAGCGGGCUUGGUGUAGCCAUGAGUGAGGAAAGUUUGCGAAGUCUACGCUUCUGUCUGAGCUGGCUGAGGUGGGCCAACGGUAGACUGGGCGAGGCCAUUCAGAAUAUUAAAGCCCUGCUAGAUCGCUACGGGGAAGGUGCGCCUACUGGUGUAGGCUCCCCCAUGUCGGUUGCAAGCAUUACUCAGGACCAACACGAGCAGAGGCAGGCCGCCAUGUCGGCCCGCAUCGCCGCCUUAAGGAAAGAUGUUUUGGAGACGUUGAAGAAGGUCGUGGGUAUCGUGUCGCAGUACGCGGGUGGCGCUUUGCCCCAGAACGCCCGAGAUUUGGUACACAAGCAUUUGACCUCGCUGCCUCAACGAUUCAGCAUUGCCAACGCCAUGGUCCAGAACGGCGAUGGCAGUACCAACGAUGCCAAUCGUGUCAUGGUGCUGGCUCAAGAAGGACUGGACAUGAUGACUCAGGUGAGCAGGGUGGUGAAUGACACCCUGGUGAGUGCCGAGGGAUGGUGUGAAAGACUCGGCAAGAAGAACGGCCAGCAGCAAGAGCAGCAAGUCGUAGGAAACGAGAAGGCGUCCCUACAAGCGCUAGACAGGGAACGAAGCAUGACUGAAGGCCGGGACACGGAUGUCAAAAUGGAGAUGUGA